AUGUUUCUUUCAGGUGGCGUUUUCGCAGUUUGUACGGCACAAUUCGGCCAAAUUACCUGCAAUCAAUGGGAGUCCAGGUGUGCCACCUCACUCUACCAGAAUCCAAUGGGUGUCUACCAGACCGGUAACUGGUAUAAGCUCUCACCGGAAGUGCCGUUAUGCAUCGAAACACAGAGAUUAAUGAAAGCCUGUAUCGAGAAGAAUGGUAAGCAGUCUUGUGAGGAUACGCUGCGCAAUUGCGAAAGAUAUUUCAACGCCCCGAAGAAGAUGUUGCCUCCGUGGGCUCUAUACACGAUGACCAAGAAACUGACGAAUUGUGUGGGAAAGGCGAUAAUGAGUUGA